AUGAGCGAGCCUUCGGUGCAUGGGCCGAGCCCGCUAAACGCGGAAUAUUCGAAGGAUAUGCCGCCGUCUUUUUGUGGGGUAUAUGAGCGGAGCCAGCAGUCUAUUUCGCGGCUUGGUUCGGAAUCUGGAAACGUGCUCGAGCAGGCUCCGAGCCCUGCUCUUGGACCGACGCCGGUGCCCAAUGCCUCUGAGGACGGCCUGCUGCGCAACCUGACUAGUCAGCUAGCGCAGACCGCUGUCGGCGUGCGCGAAAUGAGCAAGCAGCUCGUCGAGAGUAUUCUGAUUAUUACCAAGGCACGAGAUAACCGUCUGGUGGAAUAUACGCGGGAAAUUGCCGUGUGGCUCAUGCUGAGAAAGCGCAAGCAGAGAAAGCGGGGUAUGACGGUAUACGUGGAUGCGCAGCUAGAGCAUUCACGCCGAUUUAACGCGGCCCGUAUCGAGCGCGAGCACCCCGAGCUAUUUGAGCCGCUGGACGGCAAGGACGGCCUCAGCAACCAGGAUCGCGUAGACAUUGCGCCGCACAAGGGCCAGCUGCGGUACUGGACCGCAGAAAUGUGCUCCACCAUGCCGCACCUAUUUGACUUUGUGAUUACACUGGGCGGCGACGGCACAGUCCUCUUUUGUUCGUGGCUCUUCCAAAGCUCGGUGCCGCCCGUAAUUCCUUUUUCCUUGGGCUCGCUUGGAUUCCUCACUCCUUUCGAUUUUGAAAAGUACAAAAACUCGCUGCACUAUGUACUGGACAAUGGUGUGCGCCUGAAUAUGCGCAUGCGGUUCCGUGCAACUGUUUACCGCGUUAUUCCACCGUCUGAUCCGGGCUCAAGCCGCUACUUACGCCGUGCAAUUCGGUCUGGUGAUACGGGCAAGAUCAUCAUGGAGAACAUCAAGGAAGACGGCUGGCCCACGCUGGAAAUGCCCGUACGCGAUGGCCAAUAUGAGUCUACGCGCCAGAAGCACGAGCACAAGGACAAGCCAGUACCUUGCUUUGGGACGCGGCCCGUGGAAUCGUUCGAGAUUUUGAAUGAUUUGGUAAUUGACCGUGGCCCAAGUCCGUUUGUAAGUAUGCUGGAGGUGUUUGCGGAUAAUUUGCACCUCACAACCUCCCAAGCCGAUGGUCUAUGUAUCUCGACGCCUACAGGCUCCACUGCCUACUCCCUUUCCGCGGGCGGCUCGCUGGUCCACCCCGAGAUCCCUGCUAUCCUUAUUACGCCAAUCUGUCCCCACACGCUCUCUUUCCGCCCCAUGCUCCUUCCAGACAGCAUGGAGCUUCGGAUUGCCGUCCCGUACGAUUCGCGUGCUAAUGCAUGGGCUAGUUUCGAUGGACGCGGCAGGAUCGAAAUCAACCGCGGCGACCACAUCAAGAUCUCUGCGUCACCAUACCCCUUCCCUACAGUGAACCCUGAAGAAGUAGAGAGCCCGUGGUUUGACUCUGUGUCACGCACACUAAACUGGAACCAGCGCGAGAAGCAAAAGAGCUUUGUUGUGGUCGAGGAGGGCCCCAUGGAUGCGCUAGACCUAGGCAAGGGGCCAGAAAAGGAAGCUAAAAAAAAUAAAAUUAUGCGACACAAAGAGGUCGUUACAAACGAGGACAGCGACGAACAGCCCGAACACUAUGACAUCGACGAUACGGAAUCCGCACCAGUUACACGUGUGCACUCUUAUGACCCGCUCCCACAACGCCCCAGCAUAAUCUCCAGUGUGCAGCCCAUGACUGGCAUCACGCGUCUGCAAGACGACCCGUGCAAAUCACCCAUGGCCCGCUCUGGCAUCCUUACGCCCGACCGAUUUGGGUCCGGCGGCCCACCACGCCCCCCUGCACCGCUGAGCAAGCGCCAUCUGACCUAUGCGGACUUCCGCAUACAAGAUACAAUGACAAGCCCUGAGGAGCAGGACAGUAUGGAAAACCUUCGCGUUGAAAAACCCUCCAAGCACAGCUCAGCUUUUGUUGUCUACGGCAAAGACGACUCUGAUUCGGGUUGA